GAGAGAGAGAGAGAGAGAGAGAAGCGGGUCAAAAGGAUUUUCCAAACCACAGGAGGAGAAGGCAAUGACCACCCCACAAAAAUAACUGCAACUAGGACGUAACAAAACCUUCCCAAAAAUAAACUGCUUGACUUGGCUUUAUAACAAAAAAAUUUAAGCCCUUAAUUCUUCCUCAGGCCAGCCCUCCUCUCCAUACACAACCUCCCAUCUAAAAGUCCAGAAAAAUCCAACCAGCAGAAACGCAUCAGACAGGAGCAAUGGCAAAGUCUCUCAAGGCUAUCAUCUUCUUGGCCUCGGCCCUUUCCUUCUUGUCCCUUCUCGGGGCCGUGUACGGCGACUCCCGCUUCUUCGUGGAGGGCAAGGUUUACUGCGACACCUGCCGCGCCCAGUUCAUAACCAAAGUCAGCCAUGACAUGCCAGGUGCCAGGGUGCGCCUGGAGUGCAGGGACCGCGAAGGCGGAGACCUGACCUACAGCAUCGAGGGCGUGACCGACAACACCGGCACCUACCGCCUUCCGGUGGACGGAGAGCACGAGGAGGAGAUCUGCGAGAUCGUGCUCGUCAAGAGCAGCCAGCCCGGGUGCGAGGAAGUCAGCACCGCCGAUUUCCUGAGGAAGAGCGCGAGGGUAAGCCUCACCAAGAACAACGGCAUGACCACCCCGGUCCGCCAGGCCAACCCGCUCGGGUACAUGAAGAAGGAGCCGCUUCCCGAGUGCGCCGAUGUCCUCAAGGAGCUUGGAAUCACCUCAUUCGGCCUCGCCUAAACCUCGAAUCUUAGUGUUUUUUUUUUUUUCCUUUUCCAUUUCGCAAUGUAAUGUCCUUAAUCUCUGUUGUCAUGCAAGAGGUAAACAAACACGAGUACUAGUAUGUUACCCAAUAUGAAAGUUUUUGCUUGCCAUUCAA